AAAGGCGCCGGCGUGAGCGGGCGUGGCGUCAUUUUCCAAUGUUGGAGCUCGCUCGGCCGACUCGUCGAGUAUGUCUGUGGUCACUUGCCGGGUCCAGUUCCUACAGGACCAGGAUCCUUUCAUCUGUACUAACUUUCCGGAACCUCGGCGGCCCCCCUCGCUGGACUUGGACGAGAACGCGGCGCUCAAUCAACUCCUUCCGGUCGUACACAAGCUGCUGGACGCGCCCCUAAAGUUGGAGGAGUGCACGUUGCAGGUGUGUCCUCAGGGCAACUACUUGGACUUGGAGCUGUCUCUGGCGGAGCAGCGUGACGAGCUGGAGAACUUCUACCAGGAUGUGGCGAACGGGAAGAAGCCCCUCCUGACGCUGAGGACGCAAUUGUCGGUGCGGGUCCACGCCAUCCUGGAGAAGUUGUACAACAGUCACGGUCCGGAGCUGCGGCGCUCGCUCUUCUCCCUCAAGCAGCUCUUCCAGGACGACGAGGACCUGGUGCCGGAGUUCGUGGCGUCCGAGGGCUUGUCGUGCUUGGUCAAAGUGGGGGCCGAGGCCGACCACAACUACCAGAACUACAUCCUCAGAGCUCUGAGUCAGCUCAUGUUGUUCGUGGACGGCAUGAACGGCGUCAUCAACCACAGCGAAACCCUGGAGUGGCUCUACACCUUGACGGGGAGUCAGUCUCGCCUGCUGGUCAAGACGUCCCUCAAGCUCCUCAUCGUCUUUGUGGAAUACAAAGAGUCCAACAGCCCGCCGCUCAUCCGCGCCGUCAACGCCGUGGACGCCCGCAGAGGCGCCAAGCCGUGGUCGUACGUGAUGGACGUCCUCCGCCGGACGACGGCCGGCGACGGCGAGCUCCCGGUCUUCGCCAUGACCCUGGUCAACAAAACUCUGGCGGCGCUUCCCGACCAGGAUUCCUUCUACGACGUCACCGACUGUCUGGAGAGCCUGAAGAUGGAGGAGGUGGUCGGCGGCAUCCUGGGCCGCGCCGCCGCCCAGCCGGAGCUCAGGGCGCAGUUGGCCAUCUACGAGAGCGCGUUGCGUCACGAGGACGGCGACGCCCCCGACCCGCCCCCUCACGUGCCAAAAGAGCGGCGCCAGCAGGAAGGCGGCGGGAGUCGGCCGAGCGCCGGAUCCGCAGCGUCCUCGUCCGGCUCCUCCCCCUGCGCGUCGCCCGCCUCCAGCCCUUCGGGGUCACUUCAGGGCUCUCCCGCUCCUCCGCCGCCCCCCCGCCCUGACGACGACGCAAAGACGCCGGCUGACCCGUCCCCUUCGGAAUGUUCCGGCGUCAACGAGACGCCUUUCAACGAGGAUGACGUUUUCCAACGCCCGGACGAGCGCGACGUCAACGCGGACGACAAGCCCGUUCUCAGGAGGUUUGAAGACGCCUUCCUACGCAGUUUGGCCGCCACCCAACGGGAGAAAAGGAGGAGUCGAGGCCCGAGCCGCGCCGAGCGGCCCUCAUGGGAGGAUGCGGUCGCGCGGGGGCCCGCGCCGCAGGAGGACGAGCGGCAAAAUGGAGGACGAGCGGCCGACGAGGCGGCGCGUGACCCGGGUGACACCCCCGCCCCGCUUUCAGGCGGCGUCCGGCGUCAAGUCGGCGCGCUGUCCGAUGACAGGAAGUUCUUUCUGGACAUGCUCUUCUCCAAAACGCCCCCCGACGGCGACGGCGCUGCGGGAGACCGGCGCGUGCUGCCCGGCGACGGCUCGACGGAAGCUCGGCUCGGGGCCCGGGUUCUGGAGCGCCUGUCCGGCCUGCGGGCGCUGUCGGCGGAGUCCGCCGCCCCCCCCGAGAGCGGCGCCUCACGCCGGGCCGAGCUGGAAGGGCUGGAAGGCUCCGCCCAGGUGGCGCGGGCGAGACUGGCCGAAGAGCAGCAGAGGCGUUACGUGCGUCAGCAGAGCAGCGUGGAUGCGGAGAGCCCCGCCCAGCGCCUGGAGAGCACCCAGAUGACCCCGCUGCCGCCGGACGGGCCGGGCGGCGCGUGGGACCACCUUCGGCCGAGCGGCGCCAGCCUCCGUAUCAAAGACUUGGACUUCUCGGACCUCCUGGACGAGGAGGACAUCGACGUCCUGGAUGCGGACGCCUCGGCCUCUUGCAGCCUUUCCGCGCCGCCGCCCCUCGCCGGGGCCCCGGCUCCUCCUCCUCCGCCGCCCCUCCCUGGCACCCCGGCUCCUCCUCCUCCCCCACCCCUGCCCGGCGCCCCGGCUCCUCCUCCUCCGCCGCCCCUGCCUGGCACUCUGGCUCCUCCUCCUCCGCCGCCCCUCCCCGGCGCUCCGCCACCUCCCCCUCCGCCCUCAUCCGGGGCGGCGCCACCCCUGGGAAGGAAGAAGAAGACGGUGAAGUUGUUCUGGCGCGAACUGAAGCAGACGGAGCCGCCCGCCAAGUGUCGCUUUGGCCGGGGCACCGUCUGGGCCUCCCUGGACAAGGUGCAAGUGGACGCGGGGCGGCUGGAGCACCUGUUUGAGUCCAGAGCCAAAGAGGCGGCCAUCGUCAAGAAAGCGGCGGAGACCAAGAAGACCGAGAUCCUGGUCCUGGACUCCAAGCGGAGCAACGCCAUCAACAUCGGGAUGACGGUCCUGCCCGCCGUUCACGUCAUCAAGAGCGCCAUCCUCAACUUUGACGAGUUUGCCAUCAGCAAGGAAGGCAUCGAGAAGAUCCUGAGCAUGACGCCCACGGAGGAGGAGAAGCGUCAGAUCCAGGAGGCCCAGCUGGCCCAUCCCGAGGUGCCGCUGGGGCCGGCCGAGCGCUUCCUCUCCAGCCUGGCCUCCGUCAGCGCCUUGACGCCCCGCCUGCAGCUCUGGUCCUUCAAGCUCAACUACGAGGCUCUGGAGAAGGAGAUCGCCGAGCCGCUUUUUGACCUGAAGCUGGCCAUGGAGCAGCUGGCCGCCAAUCAGACCUUCAGGAGGAUCCUGGCCACGCUGCUCGCCAUCGGCAACUUCCUCAACGGCUCCCAGGCGGCGGGUUUUGAGCUGGCCUACCUGGAGAAGGUGGUGGAGGUGAAGGACACGGUCCACAGGCAGUCGCUGCUUUAUCACACCUGCAACCUGAUCACGGAAAAGCACCCGCAAUCCUCCGACGUCUACUCCGAGAUUCCUGCCGUCACGCGCUCGGCCAAGGUGGACUUUGAGCUUCUGGCCGAGAAUCUGGUGCAGCUGGAGAGACGCUGCAAAGCGUCCUGGGAAAACCUGAAGGUGGUCUCCAAGCACGAGACCAAAAGCGCUCUGAAGAACAAGAUGGCCGACUUCCUGAAGGACUGCACGCAGCGCAUCGUCAUCCUCAAGGUGGUCCACAGGAGGGUGGUCAACAGGUUCCACUCGUUCCUGCUUUUCCUGGGCCAGCCGGCGGCGUCGGUGCGCCAAACCAAGGUCACCUCCUUCUGCCGCAUCAUCAGCGACUUCUCGCUGGAGUAUCGCACCACGCGAGAGAGGGUGCUGACGCUCAAGCGCAAGAGAGAAAAACACCGAGAGAGGACGAAAACGCGAGGCAAGAUGAUCACGGAGACGGAGAAGUUCUCGGGGGCGGUGCCGCCUUCCGACGGCCCCGCCCCCGUCUCUGCCGAGCCGGGACGGGAGGCGGAGCACCAAAACAUGACCCGGAUGCUGACCGAAGAAGGGCGAGCCCCGAGGCGCUCGCGCACCGCCCGCGGUUCCCCGAGCGCGGGCCCCCACAGCCCGUCGUCUUCGCCGCCGCCGCCGCCUCAGGAUGACAACGCCGCCGACGACAUCAUGGAGCGUCUGGUCGAGUCGGUCACCCGGAACCCAUCGGCCAGGACGUCCGGUCCCAAGACCCGAAUGCGCUCCCGAGUCAACAGGAAGUCCAUGAGGAGGACUCUGAAGAGCGGCGUCGGCCUGGACGCACUGCAGGCUUUGGGCCUCAACAGGAGCGGCGAGGACGUCUGAUGGCGGAGCGCCCGCCGCCGACUUCAAAAGCGGACGUUUUGCCCCAUCGGUCGAGUGGCAGAAACGAGACUUGAACAUUUUUCUUUGGACAAGGCACGCUUACACACUUUUGGAACUCUGCAGUCCCAAGCGCGUACAAGUUUUGCUCUCCACCAAGUUAUCACUUAGCUGAUGCUACACAGCGUGUGUGUGUGAUUUUUUUUUUUUUUUUUUUUUUGGAGGGAGGGGGGGCACUUUCCACUUCCACCGUUAAAGGACUUAUUUUGGGUUGUUUUUUAACAUUUUAACUUAAAUGAAAGUUUGUUUACUGGGUGAACAUGCAAGUCGAAUAAAUGAAUUUGGAACACA